UGGCUGUGCUUCCCUGCUGCUGUUUGCUGGGAAAACCAGCUGCUCCUUGUGGACAGGGCUCCUGCUGCCUGUGCCUGACUGGGAGCUGUUAACCACUUGAAUCACUUCAAAACAAGUGGUGCUGGCAGGAUGCUGGUCUCCCUGCUCUUCCCCCUUCGCUGCCUCAUCCGGGACUUGCCCCGUUGCACAUGGGGGCUGCAUGGGCAGAAGAGGUCUGGCUGUCUCCACAGGGGUCUGCAAACUGCACGGACAUCCUACAGCAGUGACAUUACCCCUGUCUUCACUAGGGCUUUGGCUUUUGGUGAUAAAACUGCCAUCAUUGACCAAAACGGUGAGCACACUUACAGGGACCUUCUCAGCCAGAGUCUGCGCUUGUCCCAGGAGAUCUGUAGAGCUCUGGAGUGCUCCAGCAGGGAUCUGAAGGAAGAGAGGAUCUCAUUUUUGUGCCCCAAUGAUGCCUCAUAUGUGGUGGCCCAGUGGGCUUCCUGGAUAAGCGGGGGCAUAGCAGUGCCCCUUUACAAGAAGCACCCCGUACGGGAACUGGAGUAUGUGAUUCAGGACUCGCAGAGCGCUUUAGUCAUUGCAGCAGAGGAAUAUGUGGAGAAAAUAGCCCCUACUGCUGAGAAGCUGGGAGUCCCUGUUCUGCCACUUCUUAAGUCUCCUAGUGAUGGAUCAGCAACUCAUGCAGCAGUGGAAGAGGGUCCCUUGACAACCUGCUCCUCGUGGAAAGACAGAGGAGCCAUGAUCAUCUACACUAGUGGGACAACAGGGAGACCAAAAGGCGUCCUCAGCACCCAUGAGAACGUGCAAGCUGUGACCACAGGGCUGGUUGAGAAAUGGGAGUGGAGGAAGGAAGAUGUUAUUCUGCACGUGCUGCCUUUACAUCAUGUCCACGGGGUGAUCAAUACGCUCCUCUGUCCUCUCUGGGUGGGAGCGACAUGCAUCAUGUUACCCGAAUUCAGCGCACAGAUGGUUUGGAAGAAGCUCCUAAGCUCCCAAGCUCCCCGAAUCAGUGUCUUCAUGGCAGUGCCCACUAUCUAUGCCAAGCUGAUAGAGUACUAUGACAAUCAUUUCUCUCAGCCACAAGUCCAGGAUUUCGUUCAUGCCUUUUGCCAGGAGAACAUCAGGUUGAUGGUGUCAGGCUCAGCAGCCCUGCCUGUGCCUGUCCUGGAGAAGUGGAAGAGCAUCACUGGGCACACAUUGCUGGAGAGGUAUGGGAUGACUGAGAUUGGGAUGGCGCUUUCUAACCCUUUGCAUGGAGUCCGUGUCCCAGGUUCUGUGGGCACCCCACUGCCAGGGGUAAAAGUGCGCAUUGCCACUGAGACCUUGAAGAAUGGUGCUCGUUCCUACACCAUCCAUGCUCAGGGAGAUGAAGACAACACACAGGUGACACCGGGUCUGGAGGGACAAGAAGGGGAGCUGCUCGUGAAGGGACCCUCCGUCUUCCGCGAGUACUGGAACAGACCCAAAGAAACAGCAGAUGCCUUCACGCCCGAUGGCUGGUUCAAAACAGGAGACACAGCAGCAUACAAGGACGGUGUUUACUGGAUCAAGGGCCGCACCUCAGUAGACAUCAUCAAAAACGGGGGGUUCAAAAUCAGUGCUCUGGAGGUGGAGCGUCACCUGCUCGCGCACCCGCACAUCACAGAUGUGGCUGUGAUCGGGCCUCCGGACAUGGUGUGGGGCCAGCGGGUCAGCGCUGUCGUGCAGCUGCGCAAGGGUGAGAUGCUCUCCGUGAAGGACCUGAAGGACUGGGCCAGGGAGAUCAUGGCACCGUACACCAUCCCGACCGAGCUCAUCGUGGUGGAGGAGAUCCCGCGCAACCAGAUGGGAAAAGUCAACAAGAAGGAGCUUCUGCAGCGCUUUUACCCAGCCUAGUGCACAGCCUGGGGCCGGGACUGGGAGCCUGGGGGGUUUGGUCCUCAGCCACAUCCAUUCCCCCUCCACAAAGCCACUGAUCAGGUGCCAGCAGUGAUUAGCAGAGGCAGGUCUGGGCUCACUGUAGUGUGGUCUAUGAGUAUAGUCCAAUGAAAGUCAGAUUCAUCCCGUAUGGUGUCUUUGGCUGACCUGAGCCAGAGCUGCAGGGCCACCUUCCUCAUGCAGGAGCGUUUGCAGGAGGCUCGGGGCAGUCCUGGGUAUAGAAGGGAAGUGUGGGGUGAAUGCUGAGGGGUCCUGGGCCAGGACAGCUCUGUGCCAGUGCUGGCAGCAGGCACUUGCUGGCCACAGUUGCUCUAUUUAGCCCCCAUGUAGGUGGUGGGGGGCAGGUGAAAAGCUGACACCGUGAACAUCUCCACAUCCACCCUGAGGUAGUCGCAGCAGUGGGACCAGCUCCACUGGUCCAUGGUGGGUCUCACCCCAUGAUGCCAACCCACUGAAGCUGCUCUGCCUGGUGGGAAGGGCUGGCCAGGCACCCCAGAUCCCCACCUCACCUUCACCUGCCUCUGGGUGCUGGUGCCCAUUGCCAUUACAGCUCUGCCUCAGGCCACAUGCAACUCAUCCCCAGAUAAAAUGACUCUUUAGAUUAAACUCCUGCCUUCAGACAGCUGCAGGGAUGGCUGCUAAUUUUGCAUCUUCUCUGCCCUUUUCCAUGGUCUCAGCAACGUAGUUUGGUUUAUAGAGAGGAAGAGCCCAGAGAGUGAGAUGGUUAUAGAAUCACAGAAUCAUAGAAUAGUUAGGUUUAGAAAGGACCUUAAGAUCAUCUAGUUCCAAUCCCCCUGUCACUGGUGGGAUCCUGCUCUCCAUAGGAUGCCCCAUUUCCUGCUGCAAAUCAGUACCAUCCACCUCCCUGCUCCAUCAAGCACUGCCUCCAUUUCCCAGCAGAAGUGAAGAAUAAAUACAAACCCACAAAUAA